AUACUAUGAUCUUUCUCUCAUAUAUUUUAUUUGGGGUACUUUUUUUAUAUUAAAUGAUCUGCUGGAAACGCUCCGAAUCUGCCUUGAACGUAUCACCGGAUGCGGAAAUCAGAAGGUAAACAAUAACGCUACAAAAAAUAAAAAAUAAAAAAAAUAGCAAGGCUCUUCGUUUUUUCCGUCUUAUUUUAAAAAGCAUGGGUUACACCAUACAUUUCACAUGACGUUUGCUUUAAAUAAAAUAUAUAUUCUAUCAAUUUCUAUCUUUGACAAGAAACGGAUCAUCGACGUGUAAUCGUCACGAGGCACGCUCAGCCAAUCAGAGCGGCGGCUGAACGUUGCGGUAAUCCGGUUCAGACAUGACAGAGGCAACCGACGGAAGCUCAACUCGGAGCUCGCUUUCUGGCCACAACAACUCCACUUUUCGCCGCUUCAGCUGCCGGUCGGACGCGUCGGGGCGGCCCAGUCUCAGUGACCAGACAUGCGUUGCAAACAUGCGCGUUUAAAUAAGAUCCGAAGAGUUUCCUCGUGAGGUAACCUCGUCGAUGGGGAUGGUGCUCCACCGGGCUCCAUAAGCAAAAACUAGCCUACCGAGGCUGCACCACAGGCCGGGGCGAGCAGUUCAGUUGAGCCCUGAGGACCAAGGAAAUAAAAAAAAAAUGCUCCCAGACGUUCUUUAACGAGCCAGUUUCUUCUUUACAGCUGGUCUGCUCCAAACGGACUUCUUAUUUUUCCCACUGAGAGAGGCCCAGCCAGCUUUCACGGUGGAAACAAGAAGGAGAGCAAAGAUGAACGCUGUGCGGGCGGGCACAGUCACCUGGCGUCCCCAGCCGUGGCAGGACGGGGACGGGGGAGGGGGCGAGCCUCUCUCAGACAGCGACUCCGAGGAGGAGGACUUCCCGGAUGACAGCACCACCCCACUGGGGGACUACAUCACCCACGGCUUGAAGCAGCUCCUGGAUGCUCAGCAGCUGUGUGACGUCACGCUGCUGGUGGAGGGCAAAAAGUUCAUGUGUCACAGAGUCCUGUUGGCGGCGGUGAGUCCCUACUUCCGGGCAAUGUUCACCAGCCCCCUGGUGGAGUCCCGCCUCAACGAGAUCCGCCUGGAGGAGGUCACGCCGUCCGUCAUGGAGACGGUCAUCCAGUUUGUGUACACGGGCGAGGCGGGCCUCUCUCUGGAGACGGCCGAGGACUUGUUCGUGGCUGCCAACCGGCUCCAGGUCAUGCCUCUUCAGGACCUCUGCUCCAGGUUUCUGUUCGAGCACCUCUCUGUGGAGAACUGCCUGGGGAUGUACUCCCUGGCCCGCUCGCACCACGACCAGCUGCUGCUGCGGGCCUCCCUGCGCCUGGUCGCGCAGCACUUCCCCCGGGUGGCGCGGCAGAAGGACUUCCUGCUGCUGGACCACGGCACCCUGGGCAGCCUGCUGAGCUCGGACCGUCUUGGGGUGGACUCCGAGGCCGAGGUGUACGACGCGGCCCGCCGCUGGGCGGAGCACCAGCCUCUGGACCGCUACGCCCACAUGCCGGCGCUGCUUCACCACCUGCGCCCAGGACUACUGUCCCAGGAAGAGAGCCGGCGACUGAGCCAGGAGCUGGGGCCCGCUGCUGCCGGGGAGGGCCUCGGGGGGCCGCUGAGACCGAGGGAGGGCAUGUUUGAAAAAAAGAUCGUCUGCGUGGACUUGACCCCUCGGGAAGAUGAAAACGCGGCUUUGAAGGAGUACACGGUGGACUGCUUUGAUCCUCGGACAGGGAAGUGGGAGAAGUUGGCGGCGCUGGGUUCUCUGGUGAGUCCAGGGUGCACGGCUGUGGGCGACAGGCUGUUUGUAGCGGGGGGGAUCCUCCGGACAGGCUCCGUGUCUGCCGCCGUGCAUGAAUACGACGCAGUGCUGGACAGAUGGAUAGAAAGGCCCACCAUGGGCCAGCCACGCUCUAUGCUGGGCCUGCUUGGUUGCGGAGACUCGCUCUACGCCCUGGGGGGCUGUAACCGCUCUGCCCUGCUGGACUCCAGCGAGGCGCUGGAUCUGACCACGCUCCAGUGGGGUCCCGGGCCUCGGCUCCCGCUCCCCCUGCGAGCCUUUGCCUGCGCGGCUCUACGUGGGCGCCUUUACCUUUUGGGCGGAACCACGCUUGAACAGAACAGGGCCGUGGUGCACUCGGGUGUGCUCAUCUAUCACACUCUGACCGACUGCUGGACACGGGUAGCUCUGGACUCGGGCACUACCUGCCUUGCUGGCGGCGUGGCCGUGAGGGGAGGGGUCUGCGCCAUCGGCGGGUACAUGAGGGAUACCACCAAGUUCCUGGACGGGAAUUACACCAACCUGGAGACUUUGGACGCUACAGGCCGGGUGCUGUUUUUUAGGGAGGGCCGGGGGACCGGGGUGGAGAGGGAGGUGACCGGGGGAGGGGUGAUGGUCAGUGCGGAGCAACGGGGGGCCGCCUGUGGCGGAAGUGACCGAGCUCCCAGUCCCGUAGUCUUCCCCGGGUUGCCUCGGCGGAUAGCCGCGGGGGGCGUGGCCAGGUGGAAAAGGAGGAUUUACGUGCUGGGCGGAGAGAACGGCUCGCGCUUCUACGACAGCGUGUACUGCUGGAAACCGGGCUGGCGCAGCUGGGUGCAGAGACGGGAAAAGCUCCCCGGAGAGACCGGAGGGGUCAGCCAGUUCGGGUGCACCACUCUCAAAUUUCCCAAAAAGCACAUCCUGUCCAGACUGAGACUAGCCAAAGAGAACUGCAAGAAGCCCGACGACUAGCGCGACAGACCAGGGUCAGAAUCAAGAGUCCUGAUGGCGCCUUCAGUGAGGCGCCGGCUCAGAAUUGACCUAUAACACACAGAUCAGAGACAUCCAUGGAAAAACAAAGCAGGAGCCUCCAUAGAGAAGGGCAGCCUGCGUCCGCUGCUUAUCGAUCUCAUGCAAUGUUGUCCUGAAUUCGUUUAAAGCAGAAAACCUACUUUUCUACAACAUAUGCAGGCCUGCAGCAGAUCAGAUCUUAGGGAUUAUCUUUGGCUGUCAGACCAAGUCAGGCAUCUGAAUGUUUCCUAGUCCGCCGUUUAACGAAGGAAGAAAAUUAUUUUUUUCUUUUUUUAGAAAAAAAAGUUUUCUCAAAAUGUGACGCAGUUUUUAGCUUUCUUUUGCUCUUGUUAUUUUUAAAAGCUAUUUAAAAAAAAUCACUAAUGCUGUGAAUUCUUUUCCUCAUUGCGUUGUUUAGACACAAGUUUACUGAGACGUGUAAUGAUGUGCUGAAACGGAUCUUGUUGUCCUCUCUGGGCCUGUCGUGUGCUGUGACGCCGCAGCUAAGGGCUACGC